AUGGCAACUCUCAUGCAAAGCAGCUCUGGUCGGCCCAGCCGGGGCAAAAAGAAGGAGCCGGGGAAGCAGGGGAAGCGGCCGAAGGCCGGAGCGGAUGCCCGAGGUCCACGCAAGCGGCCAGCGCAGCGAGCUGAGAGCAAGAAGGCGACGAAGCCCAGCGCCGCCGCGAAGAAGAAGCCCGCGAAGGGGAAGGGGAGGAGUGCCCUGCCAAAGAAGAAAAAGACGACCAAAGAGACGAAGACGAAGAAAGCCAAGAAGGAGCAAGUCAAGGCAAAAUCAAAGCAGAAGCAAGGCACAAAAGUGCUGCCGCACACCAUGGCAGGCGUGUUCUCGGCGAUAUUGCGAGGCAUCGACUUGUCGAAUCCAUAUCGGAGACUCCUUUAUGUCAUGCGUGGUCCGCCUGGAUGUGGCAAGAGCACCGUGGCACGGAAGCUGCUUGCAAAGCACUUGAAAGUGCAGGGAGUUAGCUGGAGCCCAUCCGGAUCGAUGGCCGCUUUCUCGCCAAUUUGUCGAGCUUUCGUAUGUUCCACUGACGACUUCUUCACACAGGUGGAUGAUAUGGGAGAAACAAAAUACACGUGGGACCCUCGUCGGCUUGGCGAGUUGCACCAAAAGAAUCAAAGCCGCGCCGAAGAGGCAAUGCAGCUCAAUCGCACGCCAUUGUUCGUAGACAACACGAACAUGGCUUUGUGGGAGAUGGCAGUUUAUGUUCAAUUGGCUGGCAAGUAUGGGUACGCUGUCUGCAUCAUUGGGCCAGAACAAUUGGGACGAGGCGCCCUCGAUCUUGCAACUCUCUGGCAGCGUUGCCAGAAGAGUUCUGGCAGAGCAGAGGGCAAAGAGAUCCCAAAGGAAACGCUGGAGCGAAUGAUCGGCAACUAUCAGGAGCUACCGGAUGGAGUGCAGGGCCAUUGUUGGCCGGCUGACGCAGUCGAACUGGACACUGUGCGGGAUGCGAAGCGGCCACCACCGCCACCGAGAUUCCGCUAUGCAGGCUUGGAUGUUCAGGACCAGUUUCUGGAGUCCAUGUCUGCUAUGGAGCUGCCGCUUGAGUUCUGGCAUGGCUCUGGGGUGGAGAUGCCCGCAGAAGGCGAGCGGCACCUGCUCGCUGCCCGAGGCAUGAGUACUUGGCGGGUGCCGGACAGACUUCACGUCACCGUCAACUACUUUGGUAAAGAUGCCGGAGGCAAAGCGGCGGCAGAAAAACUGGUCGGCAAAGAAGUUGCCGUGAAGGUCACGGGCUUUGUAUUCAUCUGUGGUGGCGGCCUGCUUUGUGCCACUUGUGAGUUUGCUGUAGAAGAUCACGCAGCUCUUGCCGAACUGGCAGGCGAGGGUUGGCGACCACACAUCACCUUGCUCCACACUACAAAUUGGCGCGCCGUGAACUCCAAAGAUAUAAUCGCGGCAAUGGAAGACAGCCUGACCCGUUCGAAGGCCACCGAGAUGGCCGGAGAUACAGUCGCCGCCGACGUAGACGAGACACAGCUGGACGACCUAGAGGACACAACUCAGACCCAACCGGAUAUCGAUGGGCAAGCACAUUCGGCACAGCCAAGCAUUUCGCCAAGCGCUUCGCCAAGCGCUUGUCAGCGAGAAGCCUCUGAGACGGCCUUGGAAGCAUCGGAGAAAAUGCUGCCGACCACCGCACCCGGAUCCAUGGUGAUGGAAGAUGUGCCACAGGGCAUUGAGCAACAGGAGUUUGAGGCGAAAACCGAAAACCGGGCUGCCUUUCAGAGCAUUCCUGCUGGAUCCCACUUCGAAGUGCUUCGUGGCAUUGAUGUGUGCGAGCAGAAAGUCGAUCUGGGAGUGUUCCAGUUCCCAGCAGUUGAGCUUGGCUCCUGCGAGUUUCGCCUGUUCCAAUAUUAG